AAACAUCACCUUUUAACAGCCAAGUGAGCUUUGCACUGUGCAAUGUACCAGGCAUUUUAGAAUUUUGAGUUACAAUGACGCCAGGAGCCCAAACAGCCUUGCACACGUUCUCUUACUGAGUUGAAAUGAACCAUAGUGGGCAGUUAGGCCAGUUCCCGCCCCAGCUAGACCCCGGGGGGAAUACGGCCACUGGUCAGUUUCAGACUUUGGACGCAGGGACUAACACCGGUCAACAUCUCCGGCCUCUAGAGAUUGGAGGUGGUACUGGUCAGUUCCGUCAACUGGACACUGCUGUUGUGAACAGGCGAGGCGGUCAGUUCCAGACGCUGGACACCAUGAAUCACACCAGCGGCAGCGGUCAGUAUCAUGUGGUUGACCAGAGGGUGGUCAUUACAGCCCCACAGAUAGCCACUGCGGUGGACACUUCCCUAGGUGUCAGCACAGAAGUGAAGUCUGGUCUGAUGUUACCUAAAGGUUUAGAUGAUCUCCCUUCUGCGCUAGAGAUGCCUCGAGAAAGACACCGAUGGAACACCAAUGAGGAAAUUGCCAGUAUUCUGGUUGCGUUCUCCAAGCAUGCUCAGUGGCAGCAAAAUGAAGUGGGACUGAGGCCUGCCAGUGGCUCCAUGCUUCUCUACAGUAGAAAGAAGGUACGUUACAGAAAAGAUGGUUACACUUGGAAGAAGAGGAAAGAUGGAAAAACCACGCGAGAAGACCACAUGAAGUUGAAAGUGCGCGGAGUGGAGUGUAUUUAUGGAUGCUAUGUCCACUCAGCCUUGUUGUCAACAUUUCACCGACGCUGCUACUGGCUCUUGCAGAACCCAGACAUUGUUCUGGUUCACUAUCUCAAUGUGCCGUCCAUUGACGAUGCCAAACUGAGCAUGCCCAGUCUCAGCCACUGCGAAAAGAAAGAAUGGAGCAAGGAGGAACUUAUUACUCAGCUGAAACCAAUGUUUGCUGUUGCCAAAGACUUAGAGAGUGGCCACACAGAAACUCUGUCUGACGAGACCCUACAGUCCAUAGUUCAGCAGAUGCUCUCCCAGCAGCACCAGCCUUCGCUCCCAGCCAAAACACACGAAUGUCUGUGCGAGCAAGGCUGCACCUCCAUGGACACGUGCACGCAUACCAAGUGUCGAAUCAUCUCGCCCAAAUCGGAGCACCUGGCCACUGCUGCGGUCACUCACAAACUCUUCCCGCAGCAACUGGCCACUCUGCCUACUGGUCAGAGGGUCAGCCUGGCCAUGCACAAUAAGGGUGUGGUCCUCAGACCCCCCGGGGAUCAGGCCCAGCCCCUGAUACUCAAUCUGUCUCAGUUGCAAGCCAGCAAUGGCUUAAUUAUUCUCAGUGGUAACGGCUCGGCGCCGAUAUCUAUCAUCGAUGGAUCUGUGAUAUCGCCACACCAAAUGAACAAGCACAAAGAGAGCACUGAACAAACGGGUUCCUCAACUUCUGGUCAUCCACAGAUCUCUUCGGCCACUGGUCACAACUCUGGUGGUCAGCAGGUUGUCAUGACAACAGUCAGCGGCAGUCAACAAACACAAAAGAUGGAUGCUUGUGACAUUACCACACAGCAUCAGCAGCCUCACCUGGUUGCCAUGGCAACGUCUCCACCUCAGGUCAAGCCGGGAGUGGUCAAAAUGGACACUCAGUAUGGCCGCCUCCCACCUGAGAUGACCGCCAUGACCUCGGUGUCCAGCAAACUGACCGCCUCGUCCACCAGCAGUGUUGGACCAAAGCUGGACUAUGGCCAAAACCUUGACCUCUCACCAGAUGAGAUUCACAAGACAUUAACUGCCAACUUGCCUCUAGGCCACAACGCGAGUGCGGGCUCUGCAUCCCACGAUGCAAUGGACACAGGAAGUAACCUGAUGGCAUCGCCCCCUAGUGGUGACAUUAAUUUUGAUGCCUUCGACAUGCUAGAGUUGUCGGAUCUCGAUCAGCGCUCCACCAGUGCGGGCGUGUCCACCAACACGACGUGCACGAUCACGUGCGCCAGCUGUCUGGAUAAACAGAAGCACCAGGUGAAGACAGAGACCAGAGAAGGCAUAGCUAACAUCACAGACUUUGCACCAGACUGGGCUUUUUCUGAGGGUAACACCAAGAUUCUGGUCACCGGACCCUGGUACUCCACCACCUCUCCUUACAGCAUCACAUUUGAUGGUGUUCAGGUGCCAGCAGCCCUGGUGCAGAGUGGGGUUCUACGCUGCUUCUGUCCACCUCACUCCCCUGGCCUGGUUACUAUGCAGGUAGCCUGUGAAGGAUUUGUUAUCUCUAAUUCUGUAGUCUUUGAGUACAAAACAAAAGAUGGCAUAGCAGCCAAGACAAGACAACCCGAGUGGACCAGGGUUUGUGAGACCCAGUUGAAGUUAUCACUGCUGCAGAGGCUGGAGGCCAUUGAGAAAAGGUUGUCACCACCACCAGAAGGAACAUCCAAGAGUGUGCUCUAUCAGUGUGCCCGUGGAAGACAUACGGAGAGUUUUGAGCACAAAGUCAUCCACCAGUGCGAGGAGCUAAGUCGCAGGGUCUGGGUGCAGUCAGGACAUUUACCCACAGAAAACUCCUAUCAUGGCAUGACCUUGUUACACCUGGCGGCUGCGCUGGGAUACGCCAAACUUAUCAAUGCUCUUAUCAAGUGGAGGACAGAGAAUCCUAAUCUUGUGUUGGAGUACGAAGUGGAUGCUCUGUCUCUUGAUGAUCAGAUGUCUACUCCACUGCUUUGGGCGUGUGCCCUAGGCAAGACAGACGCUGCUUUGGUGCUGUACCACUGGAACCGCUCUGGUAUUGAAGUGUGCAAUCGUGACGGCCUCUUGCCUCUCUCAGCGGCCUCCAGCCAGGGUCACCUCUCACUGGUCAGCCAGAUUGAGAUGUUGGAGAAAGCAGCGGGCAGCGUGGUCCUCCCGCGAUCCCCCCUCCCCCAGACCAACCCAUGUCCAUUCCUCAGUGUCACAUCCCCCAGCACCCCGGUGACCUCUACCUUACCUCUGACCUCAAACUCACCUUUGACCUCUGUCUGUAACCAUGGCAGCAACGCUGGUGGUUGCAACACGGGGGCACUGCAAAUUGAGAUUCCCGGCACUUCGACGCCUAAGUCUGUCACAGCUGCUGAGCGACGGAGCAAGAGGAGAGCCCAGCUGAAAAAGAGAUUCUCCGUCGACAGCAGUCAGUAUUUCUCCCGACCAAUGUCCGACUCUGCAGCCAGUGGGCAGCCGGAGUUCCACGUGAUUCGGUCAGCGAACUCUGACCCUCAUAUCAACUCUGACCUCAACACAUUCACGUCUGACCUUAUGAGUCUGGACAUGACACCCCUGGAGCCCACAGACAUGGCGGCCUCGCUCGGAGGAGACCUCCCCUUUGGCUGCCAUCGAGACACGCUGGAUUUCCGAGAUCUGCGACGUCUGCCCUCUGCCAUGGGGGGAGAGGUGGUCACCAUGGAGGCUGAGAACUUCUCAGGCAGCGACAGCCCUAUCAUUGAUGUGGAGGCAGUGUCAUCGGAUGACGAGGGACAGUCACAUUCUACAGGAGAGUUUCAAUCUCAGCGCCAGAUGGUCACAUUAGCCAAUCAAAUCAUUGCUGCCAUGCCUGAGCGAAUCAAACUGUCUCCAAGUCGCGCAGAUGACUCGUCCUUCACACUGCCACGAGAACGCAGCAGCUCCUACAGCUCCUUUAGUUCCUACGGCUCGACAAACCCAGCAUGCACAGAGGAUUCUGGGAUAUCUACGCCGAUGGGUGAUCCAUUUGCGCUGGAUGAAUCUAGAUACCCUAACCUGGGGACACCACCAAGUUCCGUGAACAGUCCGGAAUCAUCAUGUCUUCACAGUCCUUACAGUUUCACCCUGGACUCUCCGCCACCUACCACUCAGGACUUCACCGAGUACUUCAACGCACCCGCCAUCUUCAUGGAGAGAGAUUUCUCACAGCUCACUCUUUCAGAUGAAGAGCAGAGACGUCUUUAUGAGGCAGCUAAGGUUAUUCAGAGUGCAUACAAAAAGUUCCGUGACAAGAGAAAUCAGCAGCUGCAAAGACAGAGGCAGAUAGAGGCAGCCAUCUUGAUCCAGAAUUACUACAGGAGAUACAAACAGUAUGUGUACACCAGAAAGAUGUCCUCGGCUGCCGUCCUCAUUCAGUCUCAGUUCCGCAGCUACGCGGCUCAGAAAAGGUUCAAGAAGACACGAGAGGCAGCAUUGCUGAUUCAAAACCAGUACAGGGCCUACAAAGAGCAGGAACGCUUAAAGAAGAGCAAAAACGAAGGGGUGAUGAUACAACAAAGAUUUAGGAGCCAUUAUCAAAGAAAGAGGAAGGUCACGCCAAUGGAGGCCCAAGGCUAUAACAGGUGGCCCUACUAUGACAGGUAUAGAUAUAGAUACACUCAGCUUAGUGUGCCACCUACACUUUAGGUGCAUUUAGACUUAGACUGCG